UUUGACCACGGGAUCCUGGAUGCUUGUUUGUUCAUGCUGGAUAAGCGGGGGAUGCCUCACUCAAGCCGGGCAGAUCCGAUCAUGGUUUCCCGCGUCGUCUCGGCCAUGUUCUGCGGUGCCUGGGCAUUGCCACCCGGACGGUCACCAAUUACAACUCGGCUCACGACACGGACGUCAGCCUCACCAUGGACAUCUACUUUGAUGAGAACAUGAAGCCCCUGGAGCACCUCAACGCCGACUCUGUGUGGAAUUUCCACGUCUGGAACGACUGCUGGAUGAAGAGACCAGAUCUGCCUUCGGGAUUCGACGGGUGGCAAGUGGUGGACGCAACCCCUCAGGAAUCCAGCAGUGGGAUCUUCUGCUGUGGGCCCUGCUCCGUGGAGGCCAUCAAGAACGGCUUGGUCUACAUGAAGUACGACGCUUCCUUCUGCUUUGCCGAGGUGAACAGCGACAAGGUGUAUUGGCAACGCCAAGGGGAUGGCAGCUUCAAGAUCGUCUACGUAGAAGAAAAAGCCAUCGGACAUCUCAUCAGCACCAAAGCUGUGGGAUCCCACCAACGCCACGACAUCACCGGCCUUUACAAGCACCCCGAAGGAACGGAAGCCGAGCGCAAAGCAGUAGAAACCGCCGCCAAGCACGGCACCAAGGCCCAUAUCUACACCAACAAGGAGUGGGGAGAAGACAUCUCGGUGACGGUCGACACCCAAGAGGCCUUCGCCGGACAGGACGUCUCCUUGAGGGUCAUCCUGAAGAACAAGAGUUCCAUGCCUCGCACCGUCUCUCUCAACCUCUUUGUGGCGGUCAUGUAUUACACAGGAGUAACCAGUAGCAAUUUUAAACAGGAGCAGCGGCAAGUCCAGAUUCCUGCAGGAGGAGCUCAACAGGUUCCAAUGGUCAUCUCCUAUCCCGAGUACAAGCCCCAUCUGGUAGACCAAGGAGCCAUGAAGCUCAGCAUCUCCGGGAAAGUCACCGAAACCGGACAGGUCAUCGCGAAGGAGCACACUUUCCGUCUUCGCACCCCGGACCUCACCCUGACGCUGCUGGGCCCGGCCAUCGUUGGACAAGAGACUCAAGUCCAGAUUGUCUUCAAGAACCCCCUUCCUGUGACUUUGACCCGAGCCACUUUCCACAUGGAAGGAUCCGGACUGUCCACUCCCAAUACGAUGACCGUCGGGGAUAUCGGCCCGCAUCAAACCGUCCGACUCUGCCAGACCUUCACCCCGCUGCGUGCUGGACGCCGCCAAUUGGUUGCCAGCUUGGACAGCCCACAGCUCUCCCAGGUCCACGGCGUGAUGACCAUCGACGUAGCCCAGAAUCCUCCACCAGGCCCGUCGGCCUCUCCGGCACCUGCUCGGGGUUCUCCCGCCCGGGGUCGCAGCUCCCCCGGCCGUACCCGAGGCUCCCCUGCGGCCACCCGAGCCUCCCCCGCAAGGCAGCCCGCCAACCACAGCACCCCAGCCAACGCCAACGCCAACACCAACGCCAACACAAAUGCACGGGGUACCCCCAGCCGCCAACCCAACCCUGGAGGAGUGGCCAAUGCUCACGGGGCGGCAGCCACUUCCAGGCCAGGGGCCACAGGGCGGCCCGUUUGAGCCUGCACUUAACCGCGGUGCCGAGUGUGAUGGGACAGCACAACAGAAUCAGGUGGCGGAGAGAAGAGGGGGGCCAUUGCCCGAACCACGGAACCACAGUGGGGUAUGCCGAGCCCACGAGGCCGGUGAAAAAUAUGCAUCUCCUGGGAGUGACCUUCCAGAAACUUCUCCACCUCAUCAUCCACCGAUUUCUCUUUCUUCGUCUUUGUUCCGCUCCAUAUUUCCCCCACCCCCGUAUAUAAUCACCCGAUCGAGUUGCGAUUUCUAGGGUCGAGAUCAACGUUGGGCACAAUUCGAAGCGUCUUCCUUUGUCUCACACCGUUCCCCUGAGAUGUGGGUCGAGGACUCGGCUGCCCCUCCAGCUCUGGGACCCCAUCUCCCCACCCCAACUGCCCCCAGAGGUGUGCCACCCACCCACGCCACCCUGUGCAAAGAAUUCCCCCGUACGUUGAUUACUUGACACGUCUGUUUCACCGCGAAAUUUACUCCCUCUGUUAAAACGCACGCCGAUUGUCACUUGCACGCACGCUUGCUUCCACUAACGGUGCAAAAAAUCUCCAGCGGAGAAGCGAUAAGUUGGCUUUUCAAAUUAUGCUGAUCACUUGAACCAAAGGGAUUUUCUAGGAAUUUUCUCCACAUUCUCCCCCCCACCCCCCCUGGUUUGGACAGAUUCAGGGAGUUUGAAUGGGCUGGGGGGUGGGAUUUUAUUAGCUUUCCUUUUUUUAAUUUUUCAGGAUUUGUCCUGGAAGUGUAUUUUUAAGUGGAAAUCAGAUUGCUGAGGAGGGUUAAUGCAAACUAAGUUGGCUAAGCGGGCUUCUGCCGUUCACGCAAAUUAAAAUGUAUGCAAAUCCGAAGUGUCGAGAGAGCUGAUCAUGUAACCUUAACGCUGAGCUGAGAAAGUUUUUAAUUCCUAGCCAGAUUCUUAACUGUUCAUUAUGUUUGCUGUCGUGCUGCAUUUAACCUAUAUGGACAACGAAUGAAGCAAAAAGAAAAGAAAAAGAAAAAACUGUAUUUUUGUGUGUGUUCGUACUAA